UAUGGAAGAUGCACAUACUCAUCUGUUAUCUCUUUCUGAAGAUAAAGAUGCAGCAUUUUUUGCAGUAUAUGACGGUCAUGGAGGAGCAAAAGUUGCUCAAUAUGCUGGAAAUCAUGUUCACAAAAAGAUAGUCGGACAUCCUUCAUAUAAAAAAGGGGAUGUAGUUGAUGCCAUCAAGCAAGGAUUUUUGGAAAUUGAUUCUGACAUGUUAAAAGAUGAAAAUAUGAGAGAUGAACUUGCAGGAACAACAGCAGUUGUUGUGUUGUUGAAAAAUAACAAGAUAUUUUGUGUGAAUCGAGUAAAGUCUGGUAAAUCUGGAUCGUCAUUAACAGCCUGUAAUACCUUAUCUACAAUCUGUGAGGAAUUGAUGAAUUUGUGCUUAGCUCCAGAUUGUCAAAUGGGAGGACUAGGUUGUGACAACAUGACUGUUGUACUGGUUUGUCUACUGCAAGGAAUGACUUAUGAAGAACUUGCUGCAAAGUGUGCUUGUCCACCACUCCCGCAUCCAAUAGAUGAGGUUCCGCCACAUGGAUCUGACUCUUCAACUUCAGAGACAGAAGAUGCAGAUGAUGAUGAACACAGUAAAGAGACAAAAGGAAAAGAUGAUAAGUCGAUUCAACAAGCUCAGGAAACGAGUGAUACCAUAUCUAAUGAAUCCAGCGAAUCGUCUGCACUAUUUUGCAAUGAAAAGUCAUCUCGAUCCCACUUAUCCAGUAAAGGAAUGGUAGAAAAUUCGGUUAGGGAAGGUAGCGAAAUGGCUGUAGCGUGAUCAACAAGAAGUCUAUAAUAUAAUACUUUCAACAACAACAACAAAAAAAAGGCAUUAUUGUUUAAAAAAAGAAAAAAAAAAUGAAAUUGUUUCUGGCAAGUCUCCAGCAGUUGUCAU